UUGGGGCCCGAAAAGGGAGUGAUACAUCUAGCAACUGCAGCGGUUGUCAACGCCCUGUGGGAUUUGUGGGCAAAAUCCAAAGGUGUCCCAGUAUGGAAGCUGCUUGUGGAUUUAACGCCUGAGCAGUUGGUUUCUACAAUCGACUUUAAAUACAUUUCGGACGUGAUAACAAAGGAAGAAGCUCUUUCACUUCUGAAAGAGAGACAAUCCUCAAAAGCCGUUCGAGAAGAUCACCUUCUCAAAACUGGUCUCCCCGCCUACACAACCCAAAUCGGUUGGUUGGGCUACACUGACGAAAAAGUUCGUAAGCUCUGCAAAAAGUAUCUCGCUCUCGGCUUUACUCACUUCAAAGUCAAAGUAGGUCACGAUAUUGAUGAUGACAUUCGCCGACUACGCCUUAUCCGUCAGGAAAUUGGCGAACAAAAUAAAUUAAUGGUAGAUGCCAACCAAAUCUGGGAAAUUGAGGAGGCAAUCGAGUGGAUGAAGAAGCUCGAAGAUUUUAAACCCUACUGGAUCGAAGAACCGACUUCUCCAGACGAUAUUUUGGGUCAUCUGAGGAUAGCUGAUGCUCUCCGUCCAUUAGGUAUAGGUGUCGCCACUGGCGAAGCAUGCGCAAAUAGAAUAAUCUUCAAACAAUUCUUCCAAAUGAAGGCGAUUGACUUUUGCCAAAUCGAUUCAGCAAGAAUUGGCGGCGUAAACGAAAUUCUAAGUGUGUAUCUAAUGGCACAUAAGUUGGGAAUUCCUGUUUGCCCUCAUGCUGGCGGCGUGGGUCUUUGUGAGAUGGUUCAGCACCUGCAAAUGUGGGAUUUUAUAAGUUUAAGUGGAACAACUGAUAGAAGAAUAAUUGAAUAUGUUGAUCAGCAGCACGAUCAUUUUGUGAAUCCUACGAUUGUUAAAAAUGCUCAUUAUAUGGCACCAAAAACUACUGGAUACUCCACAGAAUUAAAAAAACAAACAUUAGUGGACUAUGAAUAUCCUAACGGUCGAAAGUGGCAGGAAAUGUUCAACGCUGGAAUCUACAAAAGCCUUUGAGAUUAUCGAGAAUCUAGACGGAAUGAAGAGCGUUUUAUCAAAAUUUUAUUUUCGUUGUUUAAAUUUUUUCAUGGUGUUGUAAUAUAAGAUCAAGUUUUUAUCGUAAUUACUCAUCGGAAAAUAUUUAAGAAUUGGUUCGACAGAGUUCAUAAUUAUAUGGUUUUGCCGUUUUGGGGGAAAGUGUCGAAUUCAAUGCGUGUCGACUGUAUCUGAAGUUCAGGUGCAUCCGAAACGUAUCAAAAGCAUCCUUUUUGCCCGAAGUUGAAUGACGUUUUCUAUCUACACCUUAUUAUCAGACCUGCAGUACUGAUGUGAAUUUCCACUGUAAUAAACGAAAGCUUUAUUCUAUUAAA